CUCCAUUUUCACAACGCUUCCCCCCCAUCCCAUGUGAUAUCCUGACGCAGCGUCACGUUUUGCGUCGUUCUGACGCAGGGGGUUUCCAUCAUGGCGUCGAUGCAGAAAAGGCUACAAAAGGAACUAAUGGCUUUGCAAAAUGAUCCACCCCCUGGAAUGACACUCAAUGAGAAAAGUGUCCAGAACACCAUCACACAAUGGAUUGUAGAUAUGGAAGGAGCCACGGGCACACUCUAUGAAGGAGAGAAAUUUCAGCUGCUUUUCAAAUUCAGUAGUCGGUAUCCUUUCGAUUCACCUCAGGUAAUGUUCAUGGGAGAGAAUAUACCUGUACAUCCUCACGUUUAUAGCAACGGUCACAUCUGUCUUUCAAUACUAACAGAAGACUGGUCGCCAGCCCUCUCAGUGCAGUCAGUCUGUCUCAGCAUUAUCAGUAUGCUGUCCAGCUGCAAAGAAAAGAGACGGCCCCCUGAUAACUCCUUUUACGUAAAAACGUGUAACAAGAAUCCGAAGAAGACAAAAUGGUGGUAUCACGAUGAUACAUGCUAAUUCACUUUCUAAAAGUCCUACUGUCCCACAUAAAGCACUUUUGAAUCAUACAGUCACUGAACUCUGACCUUUUGACUGGAACAAUGGACACCGUGAUGCGCCGGAGACUCUUUCUUUUUUAUUUUUUUUUAACUGCAUUUCCCAGAGGGCAGUUGGGUGCAUGUUUUUGCCGGUUGUGAUAUACUAAAUGAGAAAAUAAAGGAAAGUUAUAUGUCCCAACAAUGGAUUGUUUUGGCCAAAAGGUCGUUAUGCAGCCAGCAAAAAGAAAUGAUUUUGAAGUGAAGAUUAUUAUAUUAUUAUUGUUUUAAGAUGAUUCUUGUUUCCUUUUGUGUUUGUUUGAGUACAUUUAAAAGGUCGUCAUCAUGUGUUGUGUAAUAAUAAUAACAAUAACAACAGUGGAUGCAUACCAGGAAGAGGAUCUGAGCAUCUAAUACCAGGAAGAGGAUCUGAGCAUCUAAUACCAGGAAGAGGAUCUGAGCAUCUUAUACCAGGAAGAGGAUCUGAGCAUCUUAUACCGGGAAGAGGAUUUGAGCAUCUUAUACCAGGAAGAGGAUCUGAGCAUCUUAUACCAGGAAGAGGAUCUGAACAUCUUAUACCAGGAAGAGGAUCAGAGCAUCUUAUACCAGGAAGAGGAUCUGAGCAUCUUAUACCAGGAAGAGGAUUUGAGCAUCUUAUACCAGGAAGAGGAUCUGAGCAUCUUAUACCAGGAAGAGGAUCUGAACAUCUUAUACCAGGAAGAGGAUCAGAGCAUCUUAUACCAGGAAGAGGAUCUGAACAUCUAAUACCAGGAAGAGGAUCUGAGCAUCUUAUACCAGGAAGAGGAUCUGAGCAUCUUAUACCAGGAAGAGCGUCUGAGCAUCUUAUACCAGGAAGAGGAUCUGAGCAUCUUAUACCAGGAAGAGCGUCUGAGCAUCUUAUACCAGGAAGAGCGUCUGAGCAUCUUAUACCAGGAAGAGGAUCUGAGCAUCUUAUACCAGGAAGAGCGUCUGAGCAUCUUAUACCAGGAAGAGCGUCUGAGCAUCUUAUACCAGGAAGAGGAUCUGAGCAUCUUAUACCAGGAAGAGGAUCUGAGCAUCUUAUACCAGGAAGAGGAUCUGAGCAUCUUAUACCAGGAAGAGGAUCUGAGCAUCUUAACCCCAAAAAACUAAAAUAUUUUUGCUUUUACUGAAAUUAAAUGCACUGUGAAAAAAAAAAUCUAGGGGUACAACUAACUCAAUGUUUAGUUAUUCCAGACAUGCAGUUAACUUCUACUGUAAAAACACAAACAUCACCACUUCCUGUUUUCAGGGAUGAUACGGUUUUACAUUGCUUUACUUUUAACCAUUUAAUCAAGUGCAGUACUUCCUUUCUGCCUUCCAUCUUCCAAGGACAGACUUGAUUUCAGAAGUUGUAAAUUUGUCUGGUCUAUGUGUUGGCUAGAAUGUUGGUACUGACCAGGUUGAGACAAGAACGACAGUUGGAACUCUUUAAUUUGCUGAGACUGUUACGUACCUCUCUAGAAUAAUAUAGGCUGCACACAUAGUGGUGUUUGCUAGUCCAUUCGGUAAAGCCCAGUGGUGUGUGAAAACAUCACCUCUGUGUAAAGCCCAGAGUUGUGUGUGAAAACAUCACCUCCGUGUAAAGCCCAGAGUUGUGUGAAAACUGUUGUUGUGAUCCAUUUGUAUGAUACGUUGGUUUGGUUUGUUUUUGAUGAGAUGAAUGCUUUAAUCUCCUAAAAACAUAUUUUACGAUGUUUGUCUUGUUGGUUUUUUGUACUGUUUUUCAGCUAGCUGACACUUUUUUUUUAAAGGGGGAGUUGUGUAUUUAACGAACAUGUUUUAUUUGAUCUCCAGAGUGGUAGUAACAGUGAAAGGAAUCAGAACUGUUGUUUAGACUGAUUCCCUGGUCAGAGAUUGGCUCGACUGAUUCCCUGGUCAGAGAUUGGCUCGACUGAUUCCCUGGUCAGAGAUUGGCUCGACUGAUUCCCUGGUCAGAGAUUGGCUCGACUGAUUCCCUGGUCAGAGAUUGGCUCGACUGAUUCCCUGGUCAGAGAUUGGCUCGACUGAUUCCCUGGUCAGAGAUUGGCUCGACUGAUUCCCUGGUCAGAGAUUGGCUCGACUGAUUCCCUGGUCAGAGAUUGGCUCGACUGAUUCCCUGGUCAGAGAUUGGCUCGACUGAUUCCCUGGUCAGAGAUUGGCUCGACUGAUUCCCUGGUCAGAGAUUGGCUCGACUGAUUCCCUGGUCAGAGAUUGGCUCGACUGAUUCCCUGGUCAGAGAUUGGCUCGACUGAUUCCCUGGUCAGAGAUUGGCUCGACUGAUUCCCUGGUCAGAGAUUGGCUCAGGUACUUUUUUUUUCAAUACGAGCUCACCUUUGAAAAAGAUAUCCUCCUGUCAGAUAUUUUGCAUUUUAACUAUAUUUUCACCAAAAAAAGAGACUUAUGUUGUGAAAUUACAGCGUAUGAAACUAUUAUAUAUAUAAGUCUUAAAUUGUAGAAAUGACGGUAUUACGGAAGUUGGAUAUGGGUGCGUUCAUUUUUUUUUCUUUUUCUAAUUAGAGUGAUUAAUAGGAGUGUUUUUGAGUUUCUCUGCAAUGUUUCUGGUCAAUAGGAUGUGUACAGCUACAUAGUUUUCAACAACGCCUCUACUGUUGGUCUGACGAGGUUGGUAUAUAUGCUUGCUGAGUUUAUAUGGACUUUUGUGCCAUUUUAUAUUAUCAAGCGAAACUAAUGAAGUCUAAAAUAAAUGUCUUUAGUUUUGCCACAAAAAAAAACAAAAACCCAAAAGUAUUGAGAGAAAUUAUUUC